AUGCAUAGCUUUAUUUUAAAGACCGUAAAUCGGUUUUAUACAAGAAAAUUAUUAACAUCUAGUACAAUAGAACCAAAACUUUCUUCAUCUGCAAUAAAGAAUAUUAUACCAAUUACUAUGGUAGCUGAAGAGAAAGAUUUAAUAUUUAAAAUAGAGCAGCCUGAAUUUCAUACACUAACGUGGUUAUUUAAAAGUUCUCCUUAUUUUGGUAUAAAUGGAUCUAACGUUAAGAUUAUUCAUAAGCCAAGUGAAUUUUAUUCUAUACUUAUACAAAAAUGUAAGAAUGCAAAGAAAAGGAUAACAUUUGCAUCAUUAUAUUUAGGUACAGGAAAAUUAGAAUCCAAUUUGGUAAAUGUUAUAAAUGAAACUUUAAAUAGAAGUAAUGGUAAUGUCGAAGUUAAAAUUUUAUUAGAUUUUAUGAGAGGAUCUAGAGGUAAACUCAAUUCUCGUAAAAUGUUAGAAUCAUUACUUAAUGGAAAGUAUGGUCAAUCUUGUCAAAUUUUUCUGUAUCAUACCCCUAAACUUCGUGGAUUCUUAAAAAUGAUUAUACCAGAUCGCUUCAAUGAACUAAUAGGAUUGCAACAUAUGAAACUGUAUAUGGUAGAUAAUGAUCUAAUAAUUAGCGGUGCUAAUCUUAGUAAUGACUAUUUUACAAAUCGACAAGAUCGUUAUUUUUUGAUUGAAAAUUGUGAAGAACUUUGUGAUUUUUAUGAUGAGCUGGUUCAAAGGGUGGGAAAAUUUAGUUUUGUGCUUCAACCAGAUGGAACUGCAUUAUUAAAUUCUGCUAUGCAAGUGAAUCCUCUUAAAGACCCAACUACAUUUAUUAAAAAAGCUGCAAAAAGUGUAAAAUCUUUGUUUCAAAAGGAAUUAGAGAAACAAUGUAAUAUAGAAAAAAUGGCUGAAAAUAUAGACAUAGAUACUUGGAUCUUUCCUUUAAUACAAAUGGGUCAGUUAAAUAUUUAUCAUGAUAGCCAGAUAACAUUACAACUUUUACGAACAUCCCCACCAGGUACAAUACUUAAAUUAGCAACUGGUUAUUUUAAUUUAACUUCAGAGUACAUUGAAGCAUUACUUAAACAUUGUCAAGGAACAUGUCAUCUUUUAACAGCGCAUCCAACCACCAAUGGUUUCUUUUCUGCAAAGGGCAUUGCUGGUGGCAUCCCAGCAGCUUACACAAAAAUAGAGGAAUCAUUUAUGAAAUACUGUAAUAAGUUAGGACAACAAAAUAGGAUAACUUUGUUGGAAUUUAUUAAACCAGGAUGGACAUACCAUGCCAAAGGGCUCUGGUAUUUUUUACCACAUCAAGAAAAACCUUGUCUUACGCUUAUUGGAUCUCCUAACUUCGGUUAUAGGUCGGUCAACAAAGAUUUAGAAACUCAGGUUGCUAUUAUAACUAAAAAUAAAAAUUUACAAAAUGAAUUACAAAAAGAGCAUGAUUACUUAUUUUCGUACGGAAAAUGUGUAACGAAUAAGACAUUUUUCGAACAGGACAGAAUUCCAUCAAUUUGGGUAUGUGCUAUUGUUGCACUGUUUCGGUACUACUUUUGAUAUGCAAUUAGAUCGUACA